GGCGCUUCCUGUCGGCCAUCUUUAGAUCUGGCAAAGGGGGUUUUGCGCAGUGGCUGAGGCCGCCCCGAAAGGAUUCGUGCCGGGCAGCAGCCCUCGCCCCACUCGCCGCCCGCCGCCUUGUCCCUCCUCGCCUAGCCUUGCCUCUUCUCGCCUCGCCUCGUCCCUCCUCGCCGCUGCCGCUGUUAGGUUAUGAAACAUGCAGAUGGUUGCUACUGAACAGAGAAGCUCUUACUGAAGUCAGUGGUGACCUGUUCAUCCCGUGCUGGAACCGAGAAGGUGGAGCAGAAGGGGAGCAUGGGAUACCUUAAAGAGCUGGAAAAAUGACUGACUCCAAGUAUUUCACAACCAAUAAAAAAGGAGAGAUCUUUGAACUGAAGGCAGAGCUCAACAAUGAAAAGAAGGAGAAAAGGAAAGAAGCUGUCAAGAAAGUGAUUGCAGCCAUGACAGUGGGGAAGGAUGUCAGCUCUCUCUUUCCAGAUGUGGUGAAUUGUAUGCAGACGGAUAACCUGGAGCUAAAGAAGCUUGUGUAUCUGUAUCUGAUGAACUACGCCAAGAGCCAGCCAGAUAUGGCCAUCAUGGCUGUCAACAGCUUUGUGAAGGACUGUGAAGACCCUAACCCAUUAAUCCGGGCCCUGGCAGUCAGGACUAUGGGAUGUAUUCGAGUAGACAAGAUCACGGAGUAUCUGUGUGAGCCACUUCGCAAGUGUUUGAAAGAUGAAGAUCCUUAUGUCCGAAAGACUGCAGCAGUCUGUGUGGCCAAGCUGCAUGACAUCAAUGCCCAGAUGGUGGAGGAUCAAGGCUUCUUGGAUUCUCUUCGGGAUCUCAUUGCAGACUCAAAUCCCAUGGUGGUUGCUAAUGCUGUGGCAGCCUUGUCAGAAAUCAGUGAGUCUCAUCCAAAUAGCAACCUGCUUGAUUUGAACCCUCAGAACAUUAAUAAGCUGUUAACAGCCCUGAAUGAGUGCACCGAAUGGGGCCAGAUCUUCAUCUUGGACUGCCUGUCCAAUUACAACCCCAAGGAUGAUCGGGAGGCUCAGAGCAUCUGUGAGCGGGUGACUCCCAGGCUCUCCCAUGCCAACUCGGCCGUGGUCCUGUCGGCCGUCAAAGUCCUGAUGAAGUUCUUGGAGCUGCUGCCCAAGGACUCUGACUACUACAACAUGCUGCUGAGGAAGCUGGCUCCUCCGCUGGUGACUCUGCUGUCUGGGGAGCCUGAGGUGCAGUAUGUCGCCCUGAGGAACAUCAACCUCAUUGUACAGAAAAGGCCUGAAAUCUUAAAGCAAGAGAUCAAAGUCUUUUUUGUGAAGUACAACGACCCUAUCUAUGUCAAACUGGAAAAGCUGGACAUCAUGAUCCGCUUGGCCUCCCAAGCCAACAUUGCCCAGGUCCUGGCAGAACUAAAGGAGUAUGCAACUGAGGUGGAUGUUGAUUUUGUCCGUAAGGCUGUGCGAGCCAUUGGCCGAUGUGCCAUCAAAGUUGAGCAAUCUGCCGAGCGCUGUGUGAGCACAUUGCUGGACCUUAUCCAGACUAAAGUCAACUAUGUGGUUCAGGAGGCGAUUGUUGUCAUCAGGGACAUCUUCCGCAAAUAUCCCAACAAGUAUGAAAGUAUCAUUGCUACUCUGUGUGAGAACCUUGAUUCCCUUGAUGAGCCAGACGCUCGAGCUGCCAUGAUCUGGAUUGUAGGAGAAUAUGCUGAGAGAAUCGAUAAUGCAGACGAGCUCCUGGAGAGUUUCCUGGAGGGCUUCCAUGAUGAGAGUACCCAGGUGCAGCUAACCCUGCUCACUGCAAUAGUGAAGCUGUUUCUCAAGAAACCCUCAGAAACUCAGGAACUGGUCCAGCAGGUCUUGAGCUUGGCGACUCAGGAUUCUGAUAACCCUGACCUUCGAGACCGGGGCUAUAUCUACUGGCGUCUUCUCUCCACGGACCCUGUGACAGCCAAGGAAGUAGUCCUAUCUGAAAAGCCCCUGAUCUCUGAGGAGACGGAUCUGAUUGAGCCCACCCUCUUGGACGAGCUCAUCUGCCACAUCGGCUCUUUGGCCUCCGUAUAUCAUAAGCCUCCCAAUGCUUUUGUUGAGGGAAGUCAUGGGAUCCACCGAAAACACUUGCCCAUUCAUCAUGGGAGUACCGAUGCUGGAGAUAGUCCUGUUGGCACCACCACCACGACCAGCCUGGAACAGCCUCAAGUCAUCCCCUCUCAGGGUGACCUGCUGGGCGACCUUUUGAACCUCGACUUGGGUCCCCCUGUCAAUGUGCCCCAGGUUUCCUCCAUGCAGAUGGGGGCCGUGGACCUCUUGGGAGGAGGGCUGGACAGCCUGCUUGGCAGUGACCUUGGCGGGGGCAUUGGAGGAAGUCCGGCAGUGGGACAGUCCUUCAUUCCAUCUUCUGUGCCUGCAACUUUUGCCCCUUCACCUACUCCUGCUGUGGUUAGCAGUGGACUCAAUGACCUCUUUGAACUCUCCACUGGGAUAGGCCUGGCACCUGGAGGGUUUGUGGCUCCCAAAGCUGUUUGGCUUCCUGCAGUGAAAGCAAAAGGCCUGGAGAUUUCAGGAACAUUCACUCACCGGCAGGGCCACAUCUACAUGGACAUGAACUUCACCAACAAAGCAUUGCAGCACAUGACAGAUUUUGCUAUUCAGUUUAACAAGAACAGCUUUGGUGUCAUCCCUAGCACGCCGCUGGCCAUUCAUACUCCGCUGAUGCCAAAUCAGAGCAUCGACGUGUCCCUUCCCCUCAACACCUUGGGGCCCGUUAUGAAGAUGGAACCUCUCAAUAACCUACAGGUGGCUGUAAAAAAUAACAUUGACGUCUUCUACUUCAGUUGCCUCAUCCCACUCAACGUGCUCUUUGUAGAGGAUGGAAAAAUGGAGCGCCAGGUCUUCCUUGCAACGUGGAAGGACAUUCCCAAUGAGAACGAGCUGCAGUUCCAGAUUAAGGAAUGCCACUUGAAUGCUGACACUGUUUCCAGCAAACUGCAAAACAACAACGUUUAUACUAUUGCCAAGAGAAAUGUGGAAGGGCAGGACAUGCUGUACCAGUCCCUGAAACUCACUAAUGGCAUUUGGAUAUUGGCAGAGCUACGUAUCCAGCCAGGAAAUCCCAACUACACGCUGUCUCUGAAGUGUCGAGCUCCUGAAGUCUCCCAGUACAUCUACCAGGUCUACGAUGGAAUUUUGAAAAACUAAAAGACUAGAAAUGGAGGCGCCUUACCGCCCCUGCCAUCUGUGCAAAUCAAGACUCUUUAACUGGAAGCAAUUGUGUUGAUGUAUAGACUCCUGAGUCCAAACCACCCUGACCCACCAAGGUAGUGACUAGUGUACUAAUGUGUGCUAAUGUUAGGACACAACCCUCUGGAUAGUUUGACCUGCCCACAAAAGUCUGUAAGCCCUGCUAUGACCACUCCCUGCCUCCACCACCUGUGAGCUUCUCCAUCCUGUGCCAAUGGCUGGCGUUUUCUAAACUGCUUUAGAGCCUAGUUGGUUAUUUUGUAAUCGAAAACUCAUUUCAAAAAUCAAAAAAAAAAGGGAAAAACCUGUUUAUUAAAGCAAGGAAAAGUAUCAUUGAAUCAUGAAUUGCACUUUAUUGUUUUGUAUUUUUUUAUACAUAUUGAAAUUUUUUUUGUUAGUGUAACAAGUUGGAAGGGUAAAAAGCAACUGCCCCUUGGUAACUGAGCAAAGCAUGAGGAAGGGUAGAGCCGGAUCAGUUACCGUUCUCUCUGUGCAGCAUGUUUUCAGGAGAAGCUACUUCAGCCCUGGUUAAUUGAAUUUCCAGUGAUUUUUUUUUUCUUGUCUUUCCCUUUCUCCUUCAGGCAGUGCGCUUUCCCUGAUUUUUGUUUUCCCCAAAUUGCUCUGCUUUUGGACAAGCCAGUCUCCCUUACUUGUUGAUUCCAGGGUGCUCGAGAUGUGGAGGGGGUCCCUGAUUCCUCUUUGCAACAGAGACAGAAGUGCAGCUAGCUGUCAGCACUGGGGGUCAUUGAGUGAUAGUAAAGAGAGGCUCUCUGCUCUGCCCCCGGCCAGAUGGGCAUAACACAGGUCCCACUCCCUGAAGUCCUCCAUUCAGAUGAGGUGUGAUCUUGCAGCUACAGAAGCUGAGGCCCAGACAGGAAAAGGACUUCCCUGUGGUUCCAGGCUACUUUGUGGUAUAGCUAGGGCUGAAAUUUGGACCUUCUGGCCCCCUUCUUGCACGCCAUUCACCUCUUCCCCUGCCUUCUAUGUCUUGUGCUCUGUGCCUGUCUGUGUUCUCUCUGCUGAUCUUAGCACCCCCCCCUCAGUUGAGCAGCUUUCCCGGUGCCUGCCAGUCAUAUGAAGGAGCAUGCUGUAAAAUACAGAUACCACCAAGGAAGCAGCCCCCACUCCCACAGGCCCUGAGCCCAGCAGGCUCAGCUCAGUGAUGAUGCAGGUUGGAACUGCCACAAAUCCCUUGUCCUGCUUACCAUCAGCACCUAAUUGCUGUGAACAGUUAGGCUUAGCUUAGAAGGGGUUGCCAGUUUUUAUCACCAGGCAGUAUGCUAAGAGCUUCCUGAGCCCCUCCUAUGUGGUUGGAUGUGAUUUUUUGAAGAAUGUUACAACAUCUGAAACAGCAACUUUGUUUUCUUAUUUUCUUCUCUGGGGGCUUGCCCUGGCAUGGCCCUUUUGCAGUUAAUCCCUACAGUGUCAGACUGGAUCUGUGGGUACCACUGGCCACCUCCAACCUUGUCUGGUAUUUCCUGAGCUCCAGGGCCCUGUUGGAGGCUGAGAAAAGGGUUGCUCUUUCUUAGAUCCUCCUGAGCAGAACUCAGGUACUUUAAGACAAGACCACUGUCCCCAGCACUCUGUCUCACCCUGUCAGCUCUCAAAUUCUGG